AUGAAAUCAUCGCAAACAUUUAUUAAUGAUAUUGAAAUGAAACUUACUGACAUCAGUAAGCAAAUACAGCAACUUCAGAAAGAAAAUGACUUCAACGAAAUUAAUUUAAACUAUUUAACAAAUCAACUGACAAAAAUUACAGAAGAAUUAAACGAUCCACCAAAUAUUUCUAUCGAACAUGGCUCAUAUUCAUUUAUUAAUGAAAUUUCGAUUAUUUCGUUACUAAAACCAAAAUGGGAUAAAUGGAAACAAAAUGCCAUCACUGUGGCUGGUGGGAAUGAAGAAGGAGAAGAAUUAGAUCAACUCCAUAGUCCUCAUGGAAUCUUUAUCGAUAAAAACAAAAAUAUUUUCAUUGCUGAUUUUGGAAACGAUCGUAUUGUUGAAUGGAAACAUAACGCAAAGGAAGGACAAAUUAUUGCAGGUGGACAUGACGAAGGAGAUCGAAUAGAUCAAUUGAAUGGACCAAUAGAUGUGAUUGUUGAUCAAGAAAACCAUUCGAUUAUCAUUGCUGAUCAAGUGAACAGACGAGUGAUUCAAUGGUUGAAUCAAAACCAACAAAUUCUCAUUCACAAUUUUGACUGUUAUGGCUUGGCAAUGGAUAAACAUGGAUUUCUUUAUGUUAAUGAUUAUAUGAAGAAUGAAGUGAGACGAUGGAAAAUGGGUGAAUACAACAAUGAAGGAAUUGUAGUAGCAGGUGGAAAUGGUGAAGGAGAUCAACUCAAUCAACUUGAUUGUCCUAGUUUUAUCUUUGUUGAUGAAGAACAAUCUGUUUAUGUAUCAGAUAGCAACAAUCAUCGUGUAAUGAAAUGGAGAAAAGAUGCAAAAGAAGGAAGAGUUGUGGCUGGAGGAAAUGGUGGAGGAAGAAAUCUCAAUCAAUUGUCUAAUCCUCAAGGAAUAUUUGUUGAUGAUUUGGGUCAAAUCUAUGUGGCAGAUAGUGGGAAUCAUCGCAUAAUGCGUUGGUGUGAAGGAAAAGAAGAAGGUGAAAUUAUUGUUGGUGGGAAUGGUCAAGGAAAUCAAUCAAACCAACUGAUUGGUCCCGCUGGUUUAUCAUUUGCUGAUGAAGGAAAUCUUUAUGUUGCUGACCAUUGGAAUCGUCGAAUUCAAAAAUUUGAAAUUAUUUGUGAAUAA